CGUUAAAAUUUACAUAUCUCCAUGUUAUGUACGUAGCCAACUGUGCUGUAAUCGGCGGUAGGCGAUGAUCUGAAGCAAAAAGCCACCGAAUGAGAAUAUUGGGUCGUGAAAGUCUGCGCAAACGUUUUAAUGCAAGCACAGUAAGCACGGUAUAUGUACAAACUAUUUAAAUACCGCAAGUUACUGGGACAUUACUUUCGGGGGGUUUGUUUUUUUGUAACGGACACCGGUUCGCGAGUGCUUAGGAAGCCAUCCUCCGGAUACACAGGUGCCUCGCCAUAUAAAUGUGGAAUGACUUGUGGGAAUUUCGACUUCAUUUAAGUUUAGACAUUUAAUUUUCGCCAAUUUCGACAUUCAAACAACGAACACGCCUCGGCUGUGGCGUCUUUUACCGCAUCCAGCUGCCAGGGACCGCGAUUCAUGGUGGUGGUAGGGGGCCCCAUUCACUCAUUCGGCGCGUGUUACAAGCAGUGCAUUUGAGGACUUGCAAUUAAUUUACUUUAAUUACCACUCACGGCACACGCCUUUUCCAAUAACGUUACUAUAGUCGCAUUAACAUUGCCACAUUACCCAUCGUUAGAUUACCCUGCAGAGAGCACAUGCGCGCAUUACCAUAGUUACAUUACCACGCACGGCGCAGAUGCAAAUGCCGUAGUCGCAUUACCGUAAUCGCAUUACCCUACACAUCACAAGCGCAUUGCCAUACAAACUUAAAUUCCAAUGCGUAUUGUAGCCCAACUGCCAUGCUCACAACCCGUUGCAGUGAGAGUUUGCAUUGUGAUGCGCAUGCGUUGAGAGUGAAACCUCCGCGUGUAUGUGUAUUGCAAACCCACUUGCUGGGAUUGGAGUCCUUCGCUAGCACGCGAAUCACGCACGGCGCCUGUGUGUGUCAGAGAGCCUGCAGUGCAGCGCUGUGAGUGAGUUUGUUCUCAGCAGGGAGCACUAAGAAGCAACAGGCUUCCCCCCUGCUGCUGCCUGCCCCCCACAGUCCGCGCGAGAACGUCGGGUCCCAGGCGUCAGGAGACUCCUGAGCAGUAGCAGCAAAGGCCAGCUGUGCGAGCGCUGGUGCUGCUUGCGCGUGGGUGUCACGCUCGCAGCCCCGCGGGGGCGCAGUCGCGGCGGCGGUGACGGCGAUGGACGCGCACGCGGGGCCCUGGCUCUUCUCGGCACUCGACGACGGCAGCGGCAGCGUGUCGUGCGAGCGCAUGCUCGAGUUCUGGCACCGCGAAGGCAUCACGGACGCUGGCGCCAUCCUGCAGGCGUUGGGGCUGGACUGCCGCGCCACCGUGUCCCUGGACGAGCUGUGCCGGCUUGUGGAUGAGCAGCUGCCGUGCGCGGGGGGCUAUGCGGCCCAGGCGCUGCUCGUGGCCUGCAAGCACGAGGUGGCUCAGCUCAGGUCGUGGUUGGGGGAGCUGGGCGCCGAACGCGACUCGCUCAGGGCAAGCCUGCGCAGCGCGCGGCUCCACGCGGAGCAGCUGGCACGCGACGCUGAUGAGCAGGUGGCCAGCGCAAACGCUCACCACCACGCAGAUCUCAGGCGGCUGGAGCAGGCGCAGGCGGAGGCGCUGGCGACGCUGCGCUCAGAGCGCGAGCGCGAGCUGGAGCGCUCCGAGCGGGAGGAGCGCGCUUGGCAGGCGGAGUUGGGGCGCCUGCAUGCCGAGCGCAGGCAGCUGCGCAGCGAGGUGGAGCUGGCGUACGCGCGGUGUUCCCGGCUGGAGACGGAGCUCGCAGAUGCUGGAGCUCAGUGCGCCGUUGGCCAGCGCGGGGUGUGCGACCCAGGCCUCGGGGAGCCGGAGCCAGGGGGGAGCGCCCGGCCCUCUCUUCCCAUCGUACGACCGGGGGAGGUCACGCGGCUCAGCCGGCAGUCGCUCAACAAAACCAAUUACUGCAAAUCGGAGUGUAAAGCAACAGAGUCUCAAGAAAAUGGCGUUGAGGUAUGCGGCAAUAAAACCGGUCAAAGUGAUGAGCCAGCCGACAAGAGACCGAGCUGGCAAACCAGCGAGCACAUCCAUAAUAAUAAUAACAACAAAACAUGCCAACAAGGGAUUGAGCAAUGUGGUACAAAACCAGCACGCCGUUCAGAACAACUGUCUAGGGAACAAUUCGGUAAGGUUUCCAGCGAGCAUUGCAAGGACGAGGUCAGAGAGAAAUGUGACAAAUUAACCAAAGUGCGUGUUUAUAAUCCAUCCAGUGGACAAGUCAGUAAGCUCGCCAGCGCACAAUCUAAUGAACAGACCAGAGACCAUAUUGAUAAACUAAGCCUUAAACACAACGUCAAGGAAACCAAAGAGUAUUAUAGACAAGUGAGAGAGCAAACUAUCAUCCAAUACAGGGAACAAACUAACAUUGAAGCCAGCAAGCCAGUUCUAGCACCCACCAAUGAACAAGCCAAUGGACAAUGCAGUGAACAGUUUACUGAGAUAGUCACUGAACUAAACGGAAAGACAGCUACAGAGCCGUGUACUGAACAACACAGCGAAAAGCUCCCUGAAUUGGUCAGCAAGGAGUCCGCGCAUCUUGCACCCGACAAACAAACCGUCGAGCUGACGAGCACACAAACCACAAAACCAGGGAGUGAAGAAUCUAUGGUGAAAACAAAAUUGGGAACAGACACAUCAGCCAGUGAAUGUUCCGCUGGGCACAAUGGCGAGCAGACCAGCAGGCAGACAAAACAGCAGUGCAGUGAGACGUGUAAUAAAAGCGGCGAAGGACUGGGCGAGAGAGCGUGUCGACAGAGAAUGACGGCGCAAUCCAGUGGAGCACCUUGCGAGAAGAGGAGCGGUGGAGAAUUAAGCGUUUGUGAACGGUCGCGGAAGUUCGGCAGCCCAUCCAUAAAUUCAGACGCCAAAGGGAAUUUUACGGCAGCACCUCAGCGCCCCAAUCCUUGGUCGCGCGCCGCGGGCCUCGGGGCGGCCGCUCUGGGGGCCGCGCUGGACGAAGCCGUGGCUCUGCUGCAGCGACUCGAGGCGCUAGCCCUGCAGCUGCUGAGCGCUUGCUGCCCCCAGGGCACACUGCUGCUGCGCGUGCUCUGGAGCGGCCUGUACUCGCACGCCGAGUGGUUCGCUCCACCUCUGAGCUGGCUCUACCAGGAGCUGGCUCGCGCCCGGCAGCUGCUCACGACCGCACGGCGCCAGCACCGCUCCCUCUCGACCCUGGUCCUCGCCGCUCCGUGCGACGCGAGGGGCUCCCCGGAGCGUCCGCCCGCGUCUCGCUCGGCUGAGCGUGCUGUGGCGCUCUCUGGGCGGUCGUAGGCAGAGGGCGGUUCGCCAACGCCGAGGACCCGCGACGUCCGUAGAAUUUCAAACUGCGCACAAAUACGCCUUCACGCAAAAAAACUUGAAAUGGGGACUCGUUGCAAGCGUCUUGCGUUCGUUCCACUUCAGCAGCGUCUGCUAUUUAAAUGACAGAUGUGCGCAUUUGAUCCGAGAUAGCACUAUGACUAAUAAAUUAAGUUACUUCUGAGCGGUAAAUUAUUAAAAUAGGCAUUUAUUUGGUCCAUAGGCUGUAUUCGUGGUGGCUCAAUGGUCCAAAUGACGGUUAGGUCAAAUGUUAAAUCCUCCACAGGAAUCGCUCGCACUUCGCCAUUCCCUGUGGAGAAAGAUGAUGCUGCUGCCAUUCUCUGGUACUGUCAUUCAAUAAAAACGUUCAGAAUGCAAUCUUAAUAAAUAUGACUUGAAUAGACAUGUUAAACACAUGUCACGGAUUAUACAAAAUCGGCGUUGACUUCCUUUGUUUAAGCACUGUUGAGACUUAAGUUGAAUGUUUUAAUAGGCAAACCUUAAGUCGAAUGAAUAUAUCACAGGGGCUUGUUACAUUGCACCACUGGCUGUUUACCUGCCUAUUGCAGAAUGUUGGGUAUUUAUGCGGUUGUUACAUUUUAUGCUGUAUAAGAACAUUUCCCAGACGUUCUACAUUAAACACUUUUAAAUGUAUUUUACAUCACUCGUUCAUUGUGUGCUCGUUGAAUUGAUGCGUAUUGUUGUAUCUGUGUGUUGCAUCUUUACACAGAACAUUAAACUGCACGUGAUAAUAAGA